UCUUGCUACAAAUCAACAAAUCAUCGAUUACUAAAAUUUUCAAAUAUGAAUAUCUUACAUGUAACAGUGUUUGUUGUUUGUUGUUCGGGCCAACGGAGCUAUGGUAAAUUAUGUGGAGAAGAUUGUUGUGCUUAUUACUUUAAAAGAGAUGGGGACUGUGAAGAAUGCCCAACUGGAACUGUAAGGUUAAGUGGUGAUGAUGAAGACUUUUGUAGACCAUGUCCGGGCGGAUUUCAUGGAUAUAAAUGCUUAAAUUUAUGCAAAUGUUCAAAGCAUGAAAGGUGUGAAUCAUCACAAGGAUGUAUCUCAAAAGGAGGCAAUGUUGGUAGUGAACAUACCACAAACAAAAGAAGUAUACAGUCAACGACAAAUUAUAUGAAAUUGAAAGGUUAAAAAGACAAUGGUACAUUAUCAGUCUGUCGUGUUUAAAAAAAACGGGUUUAGAUUUCACUGAAAUAUGAAAUCUUUGAGAGGUAAGUGCAUUUUAAAUGCAUGUGUGUUGAUUUGAAUGAAACUGGCUACUUGGGUUUUCAUGUAAAAAGGAAGCUUUAAAUAUUUUAUUUUAAAAAAGGAUAUGCUAAGAUUAUCAACAUUCAUAAUAGUUCGUACUGUAGAGUUAUCUUUUUUACAUCAAAUACUUAUUUCAUACAAUUUUCUGUUUUAUUGAAUGAUGAGGCUUUUCUAACUAAUCAAAGAAUAGUCUUUCCUCUGAAUAAUCCUAACAACAGUGGUGAGUUCAAAUCCAAAUUUCAAAAUGAAACUGGAUGGUAUAUUAUACUUUGUAUCACAAUUUUGUUAAAAUCAUGAUAUAACCAAUAUUUUUGCAGUGUAAGAAUAAAAACCAUGUCAUUUUUUAUACAAGUAUUCAAACAGCGCUGUACAGUAAAAAUCAUAACCUUUAACAACAAGUAAAUAAAACCAAUGAACCAUUGGUUACUUUAUAUGAUUUAAAAAAAAUAUAUUCUUAAAUAAUUUUUGUUUCCUUACUCAUACGCAUUUAAGUAAAAAUAAUAAUUAAAAGUUUAUAACAAUAAUUUUCUUUUUCUAGGGACCACAUUCUUAUAUAAAGAAAUGUUGAUUAUUACAAUACCGUGUGUUGUAGUAUCGUUAGUCAUUGCUAUGAUCACAAAACGUGCACAUCAUCACUGUAAAAGAUUUGAAGUGAGCAGUGUCGCUGAAAACAGCCAAACUCUGCACGUUGGAGCCAAUUAAACAGGAAUUGAUAAUGACAUUGAAGUAUCCGAAAAUAAAACAGAUUUUUCUGCAAAAGAUUCUUGGUCUUCGUUUGACAGUAUAAUAUCAGAAUCUGACGGCUGUCUUCCCGUAGAAACCGGAGUAAUUCAAAGCUGUAAUAACUCAAUUCAGGACAUUUAUCAAAAUUAAGUUCAAGACAUUGAAUCGAUGAUCUGAAGACUUUAUUGUGUGGAACCAGAUUAAGAACUUAAAUAAAGGAUUUAAAAAUAAAUUCUAUAGGAUUUUUUGUUGAUUAAAAUGAUGAAUGUAUAUAUAUUUGUAAAGAGAGGGGUAACAACUU